AUGGCCAACUCUACGCCCGAGGGCGAUGUCUCGAAACCUCGCCCCAUCUGGACGCCUUCAGUACCGCAAGAUGAGAUUCCGAUGAAUAUCUACCGCGCACAUAUCAAUCGCAAAUUCCAUCAAAACCUCCAAUCUUCGCAAGAGCUACACCAGUGGUCCGUGGAAAACCUACAGGAUUUCUGGGUUGAUCUCCAUCAAUACACUGGAAUCAUACCAACCUUGCCCUCUCACAUCACCUCCGCAUUCGAUGCCGCCACGCCUAUGGAGAAAGUUCCCAAAUUUUUCCAGGGUGCAACGGUCAAUUAUGCUGAGAAUGUACUUUCCGGUCGUGAUUUGGAGAAAAGAGCCCUGAUCGGAGUUCGCGAAGGUCAAGAUCUUAGCGGAGAGGUGUGGACGUGGGCUGCUUUGCGAGAGAAUGUGCGCAAAGCGAGAAGUGCACUGCUUCAGCUUGGCGUUCAGGAGGGAGAUCGAGUUGCGGCGAUGAUUUCCACCAGUGUUUGGUCGGUAGGCCUUUUUCUCGCUACGGCGAGUAUCGGCGCUAUUUGGACGAGUAUUGCGCCGGAUUUGGGUGAAGAGGGAUGUUUAUCGCGCCUGCAACAGGUCACGCCUAAAGUCCUUCUUGCCGAUGGGGAAUCGACCUAUAAAGGCAAAAUGCGAUCCAACGUGGACAAGAUUCGCAAUAUCGUGCAAGCCUUGAAGAUCAAACCCCGAGUAUUCCUAAUCCCAAUUACUGGGAUGCAUGAGCCAGCGUUUCCUAGUCUUGAUGACUUCUUGUCGGAAUCGAGACCAGAGCAUGAGCUGGAAUUCAAGAGAGUUUCGUUCUCUCACCCACUCUACAUCCUUUAUACCAGUGGGACUACCGGCCAGCCAAAGUGCUUGGUACAUAGCCACAGCGUGAUCCUACAACACAAAAAGACAUCUGUGCUUCACAACUCUUUAACCGAAGACGACAUUGUAUUCCAGUAUAGUAGUACUUCAUGGGUACUUUGGAAUAUCAUGAUCGGCCACCUAUCAGUUGGGCCGACUCUGAUUCUUUACGACGGCUCGCCAUUAUGGCCCAGUGCGAAGGGAAUGGCGAGUAUCGCUGAAUACCAUCGUGUCUCAUAUUGGGGAUGCUCACCUCGCUAUCUGCAGGAGCUAGAGAUGACCAGAUGUAUACCCAAGGAUGAGUUUGAUCUUUCAUCUCUGAGAAUGGUACAAACGGGUGGUUCUCAUCUGGGCGCAGACCAAUAUCACUGGUUCUAUCGGGCAUUCCCUCCUCGUGUUCACCUCACCAGCGUGACAGGAGGUACAGACCUGGUCACUUCGUGGAUUGGAACCGAUCCGGCUGGGCCACUCUAUCCUGGUGAAAUCCAGUUGCCCAUGUUGGGUCAGGAUGUAGAUGUUGCAGAUCCUAUCACGGGCGAGUCGGUCAAGUCUACCGGCAAACAUGGCGAGUUUGUCUGUCGCCAGCCAUUUCCAUCCAUGCCAGUAUUUUUCUGGGGAGAUACGAACGGGAUCAAGUACAAGGAUACUUAUUUCGACAAAUUCGAAAAUUGCUGGGCUCAGCAUGAUUGGGCCAGUUACAACCCUUUGACGAAAGGAUGGCAAAUUCAUGGUAGGAGUGACGGUGUGCUGAACCCACAAGGCAUUCGAUUCGGAUCAUCUGAUAUCUACUCAAUUACCGAGCCAGCGCCGUUUAACAAAGUCAUUUCGGCCACGCUCUGCAUUGGAAGACGCCGCCCGCAUGACACUGACGAGGAGGUAUUUCUCUUUGUUGUGAUGCAAUCUGGGAAGUCCUUCACUAGCCAACUGGCUUUGGAGCUCAAAAAUGCCAUCCGGAAAGGGUUGAGUAGCAAGCACGUCCCUCGCUUCAUCAUCGGCGUCAAGGAAGUUCCAAUGACCGUCAAUGGAAAAAAGAUAGAGACUCUGGUUAAACAGGUCAUUUCGUCUGGAAAGCUGCCAACAACUAUUAGCAGUACUGUGGCAAACCCUGACUGUUUGAAUGACUUCAUACAGUACUAUGACCUCGAGACGACGAAAGAAAGGAGAGGGAAGCUAUAG